AUGCCUCGAGGAGCGCACAAUACGGAAGGCGCGCUUUUAGUGUGCGAGAGUGUUUUCAUAGGACUCUUCGACACACGUCCAGGAGAAGCCUUAAGCAACUGCCCCCUUUUCACGUAUUACAAGGGAGGAAAUCUACAAUGGCCGCUUCAUGAUGGAGGAUGGGUAAAGGAAGAGAAUUGGCUCAAACGAGAAGGACAGGCGCUCCAGGCUCUUCAAGAUUACUGGGUUGCGAGUAAAGAUCCCCCGCCUCGAUCUUGGCGCGAGUUCUGGAUCCCAAGUAUCGGGAUUGAAGACGAAGAUAUGAGGAUGGAUCGGUGCAAAGGCCGACGUUCGUCCCUAAAGCGGCGUGCUACUUGUGGCACCGAGGAGAGACACGCCGUUGGGUUUCCAGCAGCAACAGAAGAUCAAAUUGAGGCCCGUCGAGCGAAGGAAAGACAGUAUCGAGCCACCUGGACCCCAGGUUUCAAGGCGCUGAUCAGAAAGCGGAAGCCAAAGGCAACCGAAGAGCAGAAGGCAAAGGAGAGAGCGCAGAGAAACGUCUACUUACGAAAGAAGAAUGCUGCCAAGGGUAAUCAACAACGCGAGCGCAAAAGGCUCAAGUUCAGGCUGCGUUACCAGCGCGAUAAAGACAAGGGCAGAACUCAGCGACAGGCGCGCCAACUAGCAGUGAAGAAGUACGCAUCACGUCUUUGUAUGGCUUGGCCUGGAGGAAAACGACAGUCUUUGGGUCCAUUAUUGAUCGACGCCACCAGAGAAGAUUUCCAGAAAGGAUGCCUUGGAUUGUUCGAGACCGUGUGCAAACAUUGGUCGAAGGAAGCUUCCGACCCAAGCGACCUGACAUACGGCCUCUUGGGUAUAGCUGGCGAGGAGGAAAAUCCGGACCGUUGA